AUGCUGUCGGCUACGUACCUUGGCUCUACACGCCGAGCUGCACUCUCUGCUAUUUCUACUGGUUCUCGCUGGCUCUCGAGCACCCUGGCUUCGUCGUCGGCGUCUGUGGUGGACGCAUCAUAUGGGGCUGACCGGUUCUCGUUCUCGCUUCUCUCGUCCGAGUCCCAGGCUGCGCUGGCAGAGUGCGAGACGAACGGAACUCCGUUGUCGGCGGCGGCGGCUGAUGACAUCGCGGCGACGUUGCAUGACUGGGCCGUCUCGCGCGGCGCAGUCUCGUACUCGCACAUGUUUUCACCGCUCCGCGAGGGGCCAGCCGAGAAGCACGACUCUUUUCUGGCGUUCAAGUCUGGACGCGUGACGUCGGCGUUUACCGGCUCGAUGCUGCUCUCUGGUGAGACGGACGGCUCGUCGUUCCCCAAUGGCGGACUGCGCGGGACGCACCGUGCCGGCGCGUACACGGCAUGGGAUGUGACGUCUGCGCCGUGGGUUCGGUCCGGCACGCUCUGUCUCCCGUCGGUGUUUGUGACCCACGAGGGAACGCCGAUCGACGAGAAGACGCCGCUGCUGCGGUCGAUGGAGGCCAUUUCCGAGGCGUCGCUCAAGGUUCUUCGGGCGCUGGGCGACAAGGAUUCGACCAAGGUUGUGCCCGAGGUGGGAUGGGAGCAAGAGUUCUUUGUUCUCGACCGCGAGCUGGUCCUGCAGCGGCCGGAUGUCGUGACGUCGGGGCGGACGCUGGUGGGCGCCGCGCCGUCGCGCGGGCAGCAGACUGACGCCAACUACUUUGGCGCCGUCCCGCCGCGGGUCAAGGCCAUGCUCCGCGAUGUGCAGGACGAGCUGUGGUCACUCGGCAUUUCGUGCGCGACACUCCACAACGAAGUCGCGCCGGCGCAGCACGAGACGGCACCGAUCUUUGGCGUGACCAAUGUCGCUGCCGACGAGAACAAGCUCAUGAUGCAGGUGCUUAAGGAUGUGGCUGCCGAGCACGAGCUCUUUGUCCUCCUCCACGAGAAGCCGUUUGCUAAUCUCAACGGAUCUGGCAAGCACAACAACUGGUCGCUCACAACGUCGACGGGCGUCAAUCUGUGUGCGCCGGGCUCGGCGAGCUUUGAGCAGGCGGCAUUUACCACCUUUACUGCCGCCGUUGUCCACGCCUUUGCGCAUCACGGCGACCUGCUCCGCGCCUCGGUUGCGACUGCCGGUAACGACCACCGGCUUGGUGCGCAGGAGGCGCCGCCGGCGAUUAUGUCAAUGUACCUUGGCGAGAACCUGACGGCGCACAUGGAUGCGGUUCUUGCCGGCGGGGCGCUCGAGGGCUACUCGGAGGACGCUCGCCGGGUGCUCGGGCUCGGCACACGGGCCGUCCCGCCGCUCCGGGCCUCUGUCGAGGACCGUAACCGGACCGCACCGAUGCCGUUUAUCGGCAACCGGUUCGAGUUCCGGGCCGUCGGCUCCAACCAGGACAUCUCGACCUCGCUCACCUUCUUGCACGCCGCCGUCAUCGACGGCCUCGAGGCCAUUUCGAAGCGGACCGACGCCGGCGACUCGAUCCGCGACGCGGUCAGCGCCGUCCUUGCGGACUCGAUGCAUGUGGUCUUCAAUGGUGACGCCUACUCGGACGAGUGGGCCGAGGAGGCCGAGCGUCGCGGCCUUCCCAACAACCGCGACUCGGCCUCGGCGCUCGGCGCCAUCGCCGCCGACAAGAACGUCGACUUGCUCUCGUCGACCGGCAUUCUCGAGCGCGAGGCUGUCUUCGCCCGAGCUGAAAUUGCCAUGGAGGCUUAUUCGGCCACAAUCGAGCUCGAGGCCACCGCCAUGCUCAAGAUGCUGCAGCAGGGCUACCUCCCCGCCGCCGCCACCGAUGAGGCCACCACCGGCGGCGCCGCUUCGACCACCUCGUUCUCAGCCGACAAGGCCGGCAUUUACGGCGACCUCACCGCCGCCACCGCCAAGCUCGCCGCGGAUCUCGACUCCCUCCGUGGUGCCCUUUCGGGCGAGGCGCCUGCAGCCGCCACCAAGGUUGCUGCCGGUGUGGCCUCGACCAUGGCCACCACUCGCGCCGCGGCCGACACCGCCGAGCUCGUCCUCCCAGCCUCGCUUUACCCAUACCCGACGUAUGAGGAGCUCCUCUUCCGGCAUCACACCCACUCGGCCUAUGAGCGGGCUUAA